UCUGCAGAUUAACAUCAUCAUCGUUUUCAACUACAUACAAGAACAUCAUCAGAUAGUUGAGAAGAAGAAGAGAUGUCUGCAUUUGAAGGUGCAACAGAUGUGAGCAAAAUCGCUGAGGAAUUGCAGAAAAACUCCCUAGACUUUUCAAAGGACAUCAUGAAGAUCUUCAAUGACCCCAUUCAUGGUCACAUUGAGCUGCACCCGCUGCUGGUGAAAAUGAUUGACACUCCUCAGUUUCAGAGACUUCGAUACAUUAAACAACUGGGAACGAAACAUCUAGUGUAUCCGGGUGCCACUCACACUCGCUUCGAACACUCACUUGGUGUGGCACAUUUAGCAGGCUGUCUUCUCAAGACACUAAAUGAGAAUCAGCCAGAACUCAACAUCACCAAACAGGAUUUCCUGUGUGUUCAGAUCGCUGCCCUGUGCCAUGACAUGGGUCAUGGUCCGUUCUCUCAUUUGUUUGAUGGCAUGUUCAUCCCUAAAGUCCGGUCUGAUAAGCAUUGGGAGCAUGAGCAGGCAUCUGUUGACAUGUUUCGCUGCAUGAAAAGGAGGAAUGGACUGGACAAAGAGAUGAAAUUCUAUGGACUGGAUUUACAGAAAGACAUCAAAUUCAUUGAGGAAUUAAUUCUGAAAGGACAAAAGGAUGGCAAGUGGUCAAUGAAGGGCAGGACUGAGGACAAAUCCUUCCUGUAUGAGAUUGUGGCAAAUAAAGUGAACGGCAUUGAUGUGGACAAAUGGGACUAUUUGGCUCGAGAUUGUUAUUAUCUCGGCAUUCCAUGUGGUUUUGACUCUCAGCGUCUGCUAAAAUCUGCUCGAGUUUGUGAGGUGAACAGGAGGAAACACAUCUGCUUCAGAGACAAGGUGGCAGAUAACAUUUAUGGCAUGUUUCAUACCAGAUACACUCUUCAUCGUCAGGCUCUUCAGCACAAGAUCGGCUACAUCAUUGACGUCAAGAUUAACGAUGCUCUUGUAAAAGCUAAUGACAAGCUGAGUCCAGACAGCAAGAUCUCAGAUGCCAUAGACAACAUGCUAGAGUACACCAAACUCACAGAUCACAUCUCCGAUCAGAUCCUGAACCCGUCAGACUCAAAUCCAGGUCUGGCUGAAGCCCAAAGGAUUCUGCAGGGUGUUGUCAACAGACGGCUGCCAAAGUUUGUGGGAGAGGCUCGACUAAAUGAAGACAAAUUAAAGGAAAAGCUGACAAGCCAUUGGGAGGACAAGGUCAAUAACCAUAGUCUGGAUCCUGAGGACACAAUAUUUUGUGAAAAAAUGCUGAAGUGCUUGAAAGACCAUCCUGAGGAAGCCUUCAAGAACAAAGUGUAUCGGAAAAUACUGCUGCUCAGUUUGGAAGAUCAGUCUGAUGAAGCCUUCAAGAUUAAGGAAAUACAAAAUGACAGCUUGAAAGCCGCCAAGCCUGUUAAAGCCUUCAAGAUUGAAGUGUAUAAGAUAUUACUGAAGGAUCUCUGGGAUGAUAUGCUGUUGGAAAAAAAAAUGAAGGCAACGGACUUUGAAAUUUAUGUUCUUGAGAUGGGUUUUGGUGAAGUGGGCAAGGAGCCUAUUGAUAAUGUUCAUUUCUACAGCAAGAGUGACCUGAAAACAGCUUUCAAGAUGAAGAAGCACCAGGUGUCCAGCCUUAAACCAGAGAAGUUUCACGAAUUUCUUGUGAGAGUCUAUUAUGAUCCUGAGGAUCAGGAGCAUCAGAAGGAGGUCCAGCAGAAAGCUCAGAAGUGCUUUCAUGAGUGGUGCAAAGACAAUGAAAACACAUUCAUUGAUUUCGGGCAUGAUGCAGGUGAAGAUGAUGUUGAUGAAGAAGAGGAGUAUGAGGAAACUUCUACAAGCAAG